UUUUGCCGGUUUAUGGAGUUUUAAUUUCCAUGACCAUACUUUUCCCGCGAAAUCUAUUUUCAGUUAUUGUGUGAAUCGACAUAAUUUGGAAGUUAUUGAGCAACGUCAAAUGACAAUUGUUAGAAACACAAGAAAGAUGGAAGAUAUUUGGAAUGAAUUAAAAAAAUUCUAUGGAGUACAAGUAGCAACGUAUUGUAAAAGUAAGAACUUGAUGCUUGAAAAAAUAAAAUGUGGUGCAAUUAAAUUGCAUAAUUGUGCGGAUCUUAUGGAGUGUUCAAGAAUUCUCCAAGAUGAAAAAGAACAACCCUUAUUUUCUAAUUUUUUGGCAUCGCAGUUUUGUAAUUUAAAACUGCCAUCAAAAAAAAAAACUUUAAGUGAUGAAGAAAAGAUCAAAGAAGAAAAUAAUCCUUAUCUUAACAAUAUUAAUUUGAAAGUUAUAUUAAGAGAAAAAUCUAAUUUCAUAUCAACUAAAUCUGUUUCGAAUAAUUGUAUCCUUGAUACAGCUCUAUCUGUUAAAGACAUAUAUAAUAAUAUAAUUAAAAUUAAAGUGAAUAGAUUGAAUGACACAGAAGUUGACCAGAAUUAUUCUAAUCAAUUAAUGUUUAUUUUGAAAAAUUUUCAAAAAAAGCAUAAGAAAUACUCAUAUAAUGUUCAUUUAAAUAAUAUAUUGGAAAAGAAUAAUGUAGGUAGAUAUCAUGGCACAUUAACACAAUCAUGGCAACAAAUAGAUGAAAUUGAAAUAGAUAUAAAAAAGAUUAGUUAUUUUUUUAAUAAUAUUUUAAUUAAAGUAGUGCCUUUGGAAUUAUUUGGUUCCUACAAAAACAUACAAAUUAUUCACAAACUGAUCUAUAGCAUUCUUAAGAGUGCAAGAUUUCAGCCAAUAUAUUUAAAAUCAUACAUCAAUAAAUUAAAUAUUGAGAAAAUUAAGUGGUUGAAAUGUUAUAAAGAAGAGUCAGUUAAGUGGCUCAUUAUCAGUAAACUAAUUUAUUGGUUCAUUACCAAAUAUAUUUUUUUAAUUUUUAAUAGAAAUUUUUUUUUAACAGUACAUCCUGCUGCCAUUGGCAAAAGGUUAUAUAUUAAAAAUGGUAGAUGGAAAACCAUAAAGAAACAUUUUGUCAAAGAUAGAGUUAAUAAAAAAGUUUUUAUUAAUGUAUUUGAGAACAAAUGGUUUUCUUCAAAAAGCGAGUUCAAGCUUUUUCUAAAACACUCUGGUUUGAGACCAAUAGCAAAAACUAGUUAUACUAGCAAAGAAGAAGAUCAUAUGACUAUGUUAUUGAAAUUCUUAAGGCAGCUAUGUGUUACACAUUAUGGAUUGGCAUCGAUGUCACAAUUUCGAGAUAAAUAUAAAGCUAUUGUUUAUAAAAGAAAUAAUUAUAACUGCAAUAAAAUAUGGCUAGUAUCUUGUGACAUAAAUGAUGCUUUUAGUUCUAUACGAUUGGAUAAAUUAAAUAAUAUAAUCAAACUUUUGUGCGAAAAUCUUCCGAAUAAACUGGGCCUUAAAUGGAUGGCACUUUUACCUGUUAAAAGUAAAACUGGAAAUUUAAGAUUUGAACAAUAUUUUGUUGAUUUGUAUGUAGCAUUACCAAUUGGAACAAUUCAUGCUCCUACGACUAUAACUAUGAGUAAAACGCAUGUUACUUACGUAAUGAAGCAAAAUUUGUUAGAUAAUAUUAACAAGUGCAUAUUUGGUCAAAAAAUAGAAAUAAAGAAAAAAAAAUAUUUAUUAAAUAAGGGUAUUCUACAGGGUACAAUUCUUUCAAAUGUAUUUUCUGAUAUAUAUUAUAAUUACAUAUAUCAUCAGCGAUUGUCUGAAUUUAUGCAAUCUGGCAUGUUAUUUCGAUAUGUAGAUGAUACAUUGUAUGUCAGUGAAAAUAGAGAGUCUGCUGAGAAAUUUAUGGAAACAAUAAACGAAGGAUUUCCUGAGUACAAUUGCAGCUUCAAACAAUCUAAAAUACAGACUAAUUUGCCUCAUAAAACUAAUUAUACUACGAAUGAAAUAAAAUUCUUAGGAUAUAAAAUAAAUUGUGAUAGCUUGGAAUCUUUGCCAUAUUUUAAAGAUGCGCAUCCUUCUCAUUUGUUCACGCUUGCUAUGAAAAAUAAGAAAUGCGAAGAUGCUAUUACGAUGUUCAAACAAAGAAUUACUAAUUACUCAUAUCUUAGAUUAUCAAAAAUUAUAUUACAUGAUCCAACUAAUUGUAUACAUCGUUUAAAAAUUUUUGUGAAAAAAAUAUCUAUCAUGCAAGCAUGGCGAGCUCUUAUGUUUAUACAAAAGCUAUUUGGUGAUACACAUAAACUAUACACAAAUCAUCAAAAGAUUUUUCUUACUAUUAAAAUAAGUAAUAGGAAAAUUGUAAGAGCUGUUUUAAAUCAUUGUAUAGAAGUAGAUAUACAAAAGAAAAUUAAUUUUAAUAAAGACAAAAUGAGACAAAAAAUUUUUAUAUCAUUAUGGACUGCAUACAAACGAAUAUUUUCCAAUGAUAGAGUCAUAUAUAAAAUAUUCGUCAAUUUAAUCAAAAAGGAAAUGAAAAGUCGGCGGAAGUACAUCAGAAAAAGAAUCUACAGUCUGUCCCACAAGAACAUGUCCGCAAUAUAUCCGUCCAAUUUCUCUCAUUAGCUAUUAUUAGCUUGAUAUUAUCUCAAUAUGCUUAUUAUCAAUUUUUUGACAUGAUUAUUUUAGAUUUUUAUACACAAGUAGUGAUGUACGAUGAAUAUAAUCUAUUAGAGUUCUUAAUUUUAAAAUAUAUUUCUCCUUAAGCUUGUAUUUCAUUCAUACACUAAACUAUUUUUCAUACUCAACAUUCAUCUCUAAGAACUCUGUUCCCUUUUAUAACAUAAACAAAUCUAAGAGAAUUUUAGCAAACAUAUAUUGAAAAAAAACUGUACAUGUUUAAAUUAUCACAAUCACUCUCUUGGUAGGUAUCAGCUGUUGAAAAUACUGGCAACAUACUCUUAUGGAACAGAUUAUAAGUAAAUUUGUUAACAUAUCAGUAGAUCCAUUGAUUACUUAUCCAUCAAAAGGAUAUCCAUCAAAAAUAUAUAAUCUAUAGUUAUAUAUACUGUAAUAUAAAUAUAUAUAUACAUAAAUAUAUAUAGAUAUAUAAAUGUGUGUAUCUUACAUAUUUGAUACUAACCCAAAGAAAUUUUCUUCAAAAAUUACAAAUCAUUAUUUUUGGCUUAAAUAAAUUGUUGAAUUCAUCACAAGACUCAUUGACUGAUAAACCAGUUAAGAAUAAAUAUUUAGUUCCUAGAAAACUGUAACAAUUAAAAUUAAUUUCUUUUUCUAGUAAAAUCUACAAUUACGUUAUAAUUAAUAAUAAUUUUAUUAUUGUUUAUCUUAUUUAGAAAUAAUCUCAGUAUUACUCUCAUUCUGAUCAGUCCAAUAUUAUCUUUUAGUUUCAUUGUCAUAACGCAAGGAAAUUUUUGGACAAAGUAGGUUUUGCUCCAUUACAAUUAUUCAUAUCCAUUCCAUUCAUUUAUAGUUUAUGUAUAUGGUAUACUUAAAUUAUCAAAAUGAAAUACUACUUACAUAUAUCAUACUGAAAUAUAUGUCUUCUCUUAUGAAUUUGUAAUAGUUUAAAUGUAUACAAUAAUUUAUCUUAAUUUUUUUCAGAUAAAAUUUA